AUGGCAACUAGUAACAAGAAACGAUCAGCACCUACUAAUAAUGAUCAUCAUCAUAAUUCUAUUUUAAUAAACGUAGCAAAAAAGAAAAAAACAACAACAUCAACAUCAAUUAAUAUAAAUGAAUCUCCUAUUGCUGGUACACGAAUUACGGAUUGGGAAGAAUAUGAAAAAUGGAAAGAAAUACGUGGUGAUAUUGAACCAGCAAUGAAUUAUGUUGAAAUAACACCAGAAGCAAUUGAAGAAUUACGAAAAAUUAAAAAUAUUAUUGGCGAUUAUAUUUGUCAAUUAUGUAAAGUUAAAUAUGAAAAUGCUUUUGCACUUGCUAUGCAUAAAUGUCCAAGAGUUGUGCAUAUUGAAUUUCGUUGUCCUGAAUGUGAUAAAACAUUCAAUUGUCCUGCUAAUUUAGCUUCACAUCGUCGAUGGCAUAAACCUCAAUCAUCAUCAUCAUCAUUACCAUCGAAUGAAUCAAAAUUAGCAGCAGCAUCAACAUCAUCUUCAGUUCAAAAAUCAAUAACAAAUAAACAUCUACGAUGUUCAUCACGUUCGGAUUCACGUUCAACAAAUACUUCUACAUCGACAAAUUCAGAUACUGUUCACGAAUAUCCAUCUCUGUCUGCAUCAACAUCAUCUAAUAUAGACAUACAAAAAAAAGAUUCUUUUGUCAUAAAUGGAACACAUCAAAAAACAUCUGAUCAAGUUUUUCGAGCUAUGUGUAAUGGAAAUUCACAACGAAUGUUACCUCCACUAUUUCAACCAUUUACAACAUCAUUUAUGAAACAACCAAUAAUUUUUCCACAUCAUCGACCAUCAUCUACAUCAAUUCCAUCAUCAUUUGAUUUUCGUCGAUUACAAUCAUCGUGCAUCUUUUGUAAUGAACAAUUCUCUGAACUUAAUCAUUUACUUCAACAUAUUCGAAAAACUCAUGCGGUGACAUCCAGUACAAAUACCAAAAAUACUACUUUAACAUUAGACAAAAUCAUUUUUUAA